AUGACAGAUACUGUUACCGAUUUCGAUAGUUCAACUCAUCCAGUUAACGAUGAAAUAAAACGAACCAAAUUUGAUUAUAGACGACAUAAAAUAAUCAAAUCCAGUGGUUUUGGUAAACCAAGUGUUUAUCAUGGUCUUGUUGUUAUAUUUCUUGAAUUUUUUGCAUGGGGUCUAUUAACAAAUCCUGUUAUAUCCACACUCAAUCGAACAUUUCCAACUCAUACAUUUUUAAUGAAUGGCGUCAUUCAUGGAAUGAAAGGUUUAUUAACAUUUUUAAGUUCACCAUUAUUAGGUGCUUAUUCAGAUGUAUGGGGACGAAAAUCCUUUUUACUUAUCACUGUUUUCUUUACAUGUUGUCCAAUUCCUUUAAUGAAAAUUAGUCCAAUGUGGUAUUUUGCUUUAAUAAGCAUAAGCGGUCUUUUUUCAGUAACAUUCAGCGUUGUCUAUGCCUAUGUUGCUGAUGUUACCGAUGAAAAUUCUCGUGGUGCUGCUUAUGGUUUAGUAACAGCAACAUUUGCUGCAUCAUUAAUCACAAGUCCAGCUAUUGGUGCACAUUUAGCAAGACUUUAUAGUGAUAAUUUUAUCAUUGCACUUGGUACGGCAGUUGCUAUAUUAGAUUUAUUAUUUAUUUAUUUUAUGGUACCUGAAUCUUUACCAGAACGUUUACGAAUAGAUCAAAAAGUAUCUUGGGAUAAAAUUGAUCCAUUUUGUGCACUCCGAAAUAUUACUCAUGAUCGUUUUAUUUAUCUUAUUUGUCUUAUUGUACUUUUAUCAUAUCUUCCUGAAGCUGGACAAUACUCCUGUUUUUUUGUUUAUUUAAGACUAGUACUUGGUUUUUCUGAAGAUGAAGUCGCGUAUUUUAUUGCAUUUAUUGGUAUUCUUUCAUGUAUUGCUCAAACUAUUCUUUUGGCAUGUUUACAAAAAUAUUUUGGUGCAAAAGAAACAAUCAUGGUUGGAUUAUUUUUUCAAAUUGUUCAAUUAGCAGCAUUUGGAAUUGCAACAUCAAAUUGGGUUAUGUGGUUUGCCGGUGGUCUAGCUGCUUUAUCAUCAUUAACAUAUCCAUCUAUAAGUGCAUUUGUUUCUGUUUAUGCAAGAGAAGAUCAACAAGGUCUUGUCCAAGGUAUGGUGAAUGGUGUACGUGGUUUAUGUAAUGGUCUUGGUCCAGCUUUAUUUGGCUUUACAUUUUAUUUAUUUAAUGUAGAUUUAGGUUAUCCAUCACCAUUAGCUUUAACAAAAACCAAUUCAAAUUUAACAACAAUAAUUACAAAUUCAAAACCAAUUUAUUCAACAAUGUUAAGUCGUGAUGUUCCAGGUCCACCAUUUCUUUUUGGUGCUCUUCUUGCUACAAUUGCAUUAAUGUUUUCUCUUCUUUUACCAAUUUCAGUAUCGAAUUUAAAUGGUAAUGGGAAUGAUAUGAGAACAAUUGAACAGAAUGCUCGUUUAUUAAAUUCGAAAGAUGAUGCAAAUGACAAUAAUCAAUUUGAUUAA